GUUCCCGUCACAGAGGUUAGCGGGCUUCAUAGCUAAUCAACGUUAGCUGCCAAUGUGGUGUUUUAGCAACUUUUGUAGCUAGUAUGUAAAAUGACUAAUAAGAACCCAAAUAUUCACUCAACAGUUGAAAUACAGUAUUAACGCGUUAUCGCCAGAAAACGUCUUCAAGUAUUGCAACGUGCUAGCAAGCGCUGUCAGGCUAGCGCUACUAAAUUGAUUUGACACUAUGGCAAGUGCAGCAAACGCCAACCUGAACGCAGUUCGGGAAACAAUGGAUGUGCUGCUGGAGAUCUCCAGGUUGCUGAACACCGGGUUGGACAUGGAGUCCCUGUCCAUUUGUGUAAGAUUGUGUGAGCAGGGCAUCAACCCAGAAGCCCUGUCAGCAGUGAUCAAAGAGCUGCGGAAAGCAUCGGAAUCCCUCAAGGCUGAAAACUGCACAAACUGAAGAUGAAACCAGAUCAGUUUUGUGGAUCUUUAUUGGAAUGAUGGCCUUUCCUGAAUACGUGUUUACCAUGGACUCUCCAGCCAAACAGAUGUGUAUGUCUGUCCCCUGUGCCUCCUCAGCAAUUAACAUGCUUGUGUUCAUGUUCUUUUCUUUGAACGUGUCAGGGUGUUUGUGUAGAAACUUAUCUUGAGGUUUCUCCUACUGUCAUCGACAAACUGUGGUGUUAGCAUUGACAUCCUUCCGUAAUUUAAGAACACAUCUAAUUUGUAUCAUAUUUGGAAGUGUAUAUUUCUUAAGUAUUGUUUUUAUUUUGUUCAAUUAUAAAGCACUAUUUCGACAUUA